AUGACGGAGCCCGGGGCCGAGGACCUGGACACCCUCAUCGAUGAACUGGACUACCUGCCCGGCCACUUCCACUUGGAGUUGCAGCUCAACUUCGAGCCGCGCUCACCGGCUCAACUGCGCGCCCGGGAUCUGAAGCUCCAACGGGAGGGUCUGAGGCAGGAGCUGGAGCUGGUGGCCACCCCGCAGCUGCCUGCCGUGCGUCACCUCCUGGGAACCUUUUCCUUUUAUCUGGAUGAGCUGGACGAGGCCCGCAAGCGUUUCCUGGAGGUGGCCCGCGAAGACCCUGGCAACUUCAAUGCCUGGGCCAAUUUGGCACACGUCUACGGGCAGCUGGGCCAGGAGGAAGAGGAGGAGGCGUGCGCCGCGCGACUGGCCAGCCUCAUGGGCCUGGCAGGGGACCCUGAGGAUUCAGGAGACCCACGGCUCCGCGCUGCCCGCUGCCUGGCAGAGCAGGGAUACGCACACGGCUUCGACGUGGGCUGUGCCAGUCCAGAGGAGCGUGCCCAGGUGCUGGAAGCCGGCAUCGCACUCUACGACAAGGCGCUGAGCUAUGGGCAGCAGAUCCCAAUAGAAGAGAAAAGGAGCUGGUACUUCACCAUGGCAACGCUCUUCAUCAGGCUGGACGGCAUCUUGCUAGAGAUUGGCACCGACGAUCAGAAAAGGCUGCUAGCCUUCAACCGCACCCUGGCCUUGCUCCGGCAAGUCCUCAAGUCCUCAGACUCCCGGCACCAAGCUUUGGCCUGGUGCUAUGUUGGCAUGCUGCUGGAGAGGAAAGACACCUUCUUCACCACCCCCAUGGGUGUCCACGAAUGCGGAUACUCAGGGACGGAGCCCCUGGACUGCUUUGGCAAGGCCAUUGAAAUCGCCAAGGACCAUCCUCCCAUCCUGAAUCGUCUGGCCAAAAUCUUCCACUUCCUAGGAAAGCAGGAUAUGGCCAUAGGAACCUGCAACAUGGUCCUGGAUGUGCUUAGAGACCCACAGCUCAACUGGCAGGCGUACAGCACCAGGGCCAAGGUUCGAAUCAGAGCCUAUGUUCACGACCUGGAACGGGCCAAGGUGGGGCUCGGGGGUAUGCCAGACAGGAACCACCUGGCCUGUGCCAAAGCUGACCUUGAGGAAGUGAUCAAGGUACACCCAGGCCUCAGAACCUACCUAGACAUCGGCCAGGUUUACUACUACAUGGGCGUGGAUGCCAUGAGGGAGAUGCUGGCUGUGGAUGAAGCCGCACUCAACCAGGCGCUGGUCUUCCUGGCGAAAGCUGGCGAGUUGGAGCUGGGAGACACGCUACCGGAGCUGCAGCUGCUGCGCGGCAAAUGCUUACGAGUCCAGGGCGAGGAUGCCAACGCUGCGGCCUGCUUCAAGCGUGCAGUGGAACUGGACGACACGGGAUCCAGCCACACCGAGAGCUUCGGCUGCCUGCUCGAGGCGCUACUGGCCCAGUGGAGCCAGGCACAGCUGAACGACGGUGAGGUGGGCUGCGAGGUGGACAUCUGGUUGUGCCACGCCCGGAGCAAGUACCCAGUGGCACGCCUGCGCCAGGAGCUGCAGCGGGUGUGGCGUGGCCACACAGAUGAGGUCCUGGGCCUGGCUGGUGCCCUGGUAGCCCAGGGACGGCCGGCACUUGUGCGGCUGCUCUUUGAGACCAUGGAACACGAGGGUGAGGACGCUGGAGGACCAUGCAAAAAUCGAACGUCCUCCUCCUGA